CCAACACUUGUUUCCAUCGCAUUAAUUGUAUGCAGCGAUUUAUGCAUUAUUAGGACGAAUAAUUUAUUAGAAGAAUCCGUGCAGUUCUGAAGAGUUGUGGGAGCUCAGCCGCAGAGAAUGGCAUCUCAGACCAUUGACGAUGGUAAAAAUCCUACGCCAAUAAGUUAUACUGUGAUCAUAGUCUUCGUGGUUUUAUUUCCACUUCUGUUCAUUCUUGGAUGUUUUCUGCCCUGGAUUAUAAUGAAAACUCGCAAAUAUAAAAGAGGGCCUAGCAUAAUAUUAGAGGAGGCUGAUUCCAGACCAGUAUCAAAUGAAGAGAAUGGUCAAUUACUCGACAGGAGUGAAUAUGUUCUGGUACCCUAUGAAGAGACUGGGGAAACACCAAAACUGAGUAUAUACAAUAUGAUGCAAAAUAAAG